AUGCUAAAAACUCACGGACAUGGAAUAUUUUUAUCUCUUAUACUUUCAUUGUCACUAUUUCUCAUAUUUUUUCUUUGUUCAAUAAAUACAAAUUAUACAAAAUACUCAAGAUUAUCAUCAGAAGCUCUUAUAGAUAUAAAAAGACAAAAAAAAAGAGAUUAUUAUUCAAAGAAGUUAGAACAUACAGGAUUUUCUUUUGAAUCACGUAUUGCUAUGUUUUCUACAAGAACUUUUGAAGACGUACCACAAACUCUUUAUGAACAUUUAGCAUUUCAAUUUCCGUAUAAAAUAAAAGAAAAAUUUCCAGAUUAUAUUUGGCAAUUUUGGAAGUAUGAACCUUCUGAAUCAAAAUUUGAUUCAAGACUUCGUUUAUUAGAAGCUAGUUGGGCAAAACAUCAUAAUAACAGCAUCCAUACGAUAGUCAAAGAAGAAUACGGGUACCAUCUUAUAAGACAUCUCUAUUUAUCUAUUCCUGACAUUGUAAAAGCAUAUGAUGCACUUUCAACAUCUAGUCUUAAAGCUAGAUUUUUUCGUUAUCUUAUUCUUUUUGCAAGAGGUGGCAUUUAUAGCGAUAUUAAUACGGAAAUAUUACUUCCGGCAUCUAAGUGGAUAUCAAAAUCAAUACAACUUUCUUCUAUAGGUCUUGUUAUAGGCAUAGAAGUUAAUACAAUCAAUCAUCCAAAUUCAACACAAAAUUAUUCUAAUUUUUUACAAUUUAGUACAGGAACUAUUAUGGCAAAACCAGGACAUCCUAUUCUUCGAGAAAUUAUAGUAAAUAUAACUCAGGAAAUUCUAAAAAAAAAACAAAAAAAUCUUAACAAAAAUAAUUUGAAAUUUACAAAAUUUAGAAAUUGUAAACUAUGGACAAAUAUUAUCUUUGAUUACUUAUCUUAUCCAAACCUUAUUAAUAACUCUACAGUUAGAAACACAAAUAUUUCUUAUUCUUAUUUAUCAAAAAUUAAUAAAGAAAAAGCUAUAAAAGACAUUGUUAUUUUACCAAUUACUAGUUUUUCCCUUAACAAAAAAUAUUUAUCAAAUAAGACUUUAAAAAAUCCACAAGCAAUACUCAGACAUAAAUUUGAAGAUAUCAUGGAACUUAAUAGUUAA